UUUUCUAAAGGCCGGGCUGGUGGCACCUGCGGGCUGCCGGGGGCUUCUCGGUGACCCCCGGCGGGCGGGAGCGCUGAGGAAUUGAAUUUCUCUCUCACUAAGGCUCCUUCACUUCCAGUAUGGAGGUGAAUCGAGAGAAGCUGUGUCCCAGCAAGGCUGAUGUGAGCUCAGAGUCUGCUUUUCAUUGCUCAACGUGUCAUGAUGAUGAGGAGUGGAGCAGUUCCAGCCGGGGACGGGCAAAAUCACGAAGUUUGUCUGCUUCACCAGCCCUGGGGAGCACCAAAGAGUUCAGGAGAACACGCUCCUUGCAUGGACCAUGCCCAGUGACCACGUUUGGACCAAAGGCCUGUAUGCUGCAAAAUCCUAAAACGAUUAUGCACAUUCAGGAUCCAGCAAGCCAGCGGUUGACAUGGAACAAACCACCCAAGAGUGUCCUUGUUAUUAAAAAGAUCCGUGAUGCCAGUCUGCUGCAGCCUUUUAAAGAGCUUUGUGUGUAUCUUACUGAGGAGAACAAUAUGAUAGUGUAUGUAGAAAAAAAAGUAUUGGAAGACCCUGCUAUAGCUAAUGAUGAAAAUUUUGGACCAGUGAAGAAGAAAUUUUGCACCUUCAGAGAAGAUUAUGAUGAUAUCUCCAAUCAGAUAGACUUCAUCAUAUGCCUGGGAGGAGAUGGGACCUUACUUUAUGCAUCUUCACUUUUCCAGGGUAGUGUACCUCCAGUUAUGGCUUUUCAUCUGGGAUCCCUUGGAUUUCUUACUCCAUUUAAUUUUGAGAAUUUUCAGUCCCAAGUCACUCAGGUUAUAGAAGGUAAUGCAGCACUUGUGCUACGAAGCAGACUGAAAGUGAAAGUAGUAAAAGAGCACAGAGAGAAAAUGACUGUACAGAAUGGGAUAGAAGAAAAUGGAGUAGUGUCUGCAAAUAUUGAGAAAGAAGUGGGCAAGCAAAUUAUGCAAUAUCAGGUCCUAAAUGAAGUUGUAGUGGAUCGUGGUCCUUCUUCUUACCUUUCCAAUGUAGAUGUCUUUCUAGAUGGACACCUGAUAACAACAGUGCAAGGAGAUGGAGUCAUUGUCUCCACGCCGACUGGUAGCACUGCUUAUGCAGCUGCAGCAGGAGCUUCUAUGAUUCAUCCAAAUGUUCCUGCAAUAAUGAUCACCCCAAUCUGCCCUCACUCAUUGUCUUUCAGACCUAUUGUUGUCCCUGCUGGAGUGGAACUCAAGAUUAUGCUCUCCCCAGAUGCCAGGAAUACAGCAUGGGUUUCCUUUGAUGGAAGGAAGAGGCAGGAAAUAUGCCAUGGAGACAGUAUUAGCAUCACUACCUCUUGCUAUCCCCUCCCUUCCAUCUGUUUCCGAGAUCCUGUGAGCGACUGGUUUGAAAGCUUGGCUGAGUGUUUACACUGGAAUGUUCGGAAGAAGCAAAAUAACUUUGCUGUUGAAGAAGAAGAAUUUUGAGUGUCUACAUCAAACAAGACUCGUGGGAAUGGGAAAUGGCAGUAUCCCUUCUAUGUUUUGGGGUUUUUUAGGGUUUUUUGGCUAACAAGUGUGGUCACCAUCUCAGACGUAUAUAGUGACGAUAGCUUAUAGCUCUCUGAUCUGCUGAUGGCUGGAAAUUAUUGUGCUAUUUCCUGUCCACCAAGACUAGGAAUGGAAGAAAUUAGGCUCUGAUUGUUGUAAUCCAAUGUGAAUUUCCUUUCAAUGAGCAAUCUGAAAGUGGAUUAUUUCUGAUUGGUAUUGAAAACUGCAUCUGAUGUAACUUGUAACUUACCAGUAACAUGGCAGGCUGAAUGUAGAUACAUAACAGAAAAGUGGCAUUGAAAUAGCCUGUUUAAUUUGGUAUGUUUGUAAUUCCAUUUAAAACUGCUAUGCAUAUAAAAGCUCUGAGAAAUUUUUCUUUAAAAAAAAAAAAAAACAACCCAAACCUUUGUUAGCUUAAAUGUCUUGCCCAGAACAGCUCCCCCAUCAAGAAAGCACUUAAAUUACUUUCUCCUUACUUGUGAAUGUGACUGACUGUGAAAAAACACCAAUGAAGAAUGUUUUCUAUUAAUAGAUGGAACUAUUAAAAAACCCUAUAUAUUUUUUUCUAUACAUACACAUAUCUUAUGCCCAUUUGAACAGUGCUUGACCCUUGGCUGUCAUCACUGUAAAUAUCCACAAAUAGCAUGGAUGAGCAUUAGUGUGGGCUUAGUUGGUUAUUACCGUGAUCUCCACUUCAGAGGCUGAGCUAGUUGGUAGCUCUGCAGUUCCUGUUGGUGAGAAAAAUCAUGUUGGUUUUUCUUUUUUCUUUUUUUUUUUUUUUUUUUUUGUUGUUUGAUUCUCUGGAAUAAAUGGUAGCUUUAGGGACUAUAAAGUUAAAAAAAAAAUAAUGUUUUUUUUCAAGUGUUUGAGAAGAAUCUGGAUUUCAGUUCCUGGAAUAUUGUCUAGUUCCACUGUUGUCUUGGAGAAAAAGAAAAUCCUUCCCUAGGCCCUGGGUGCCCUCUACUUCCAUAGACACCUUCCAGCUCUUGGUGCUGAGUGAUGCAGAAAGGGAUACUGCUCUGUGGGCUGCUAAAGGAGAGGACACAUUCCCAGUAGAGUAGCAAUGGUGCCUUCAGCACACUCAAAAUAUUCAAAGUCUCUUAUUUACUUUUUUAAGAUACUUUCAAAUAUUUCUAACUUCUCUGUGUACAUAUUUUAUUGUAUGGGCUUUUAUGAAAGAAAAACAAAAAACAAGAAAAAAAAUGGUUGGGAAAAAAAGGGUUUGUACUGUACUUUAACUGAGAAAUAUCAAACCCAAGUAUAAUGUUUACAUUUAUGUUCUCUGUGGUGCAGUCUCAUGAUCAUACUAUCCAAACUUUAGCAUUUUCAGAGUCUUGCUACAUUGGUCAUUGAAGGAAUGGACAUUACCUGUUGAAUUUAAGCCUUCAGCAUAAUAUUGUGGAGGAAUUAAUUUACUAAUUAAGGUGGGAUUUCCUUGAAAGUGGAGUGAGAAGCUCUGUUGAACUUUUCAUGACUGUCUUACAUUGUUUAUGUGGUCCAAAGUAGUAAUGAGAGAUGUAUUGAUUUCCAAACUUUGCCUGUCCUGCUGUUCUCUGAUGGUUUCAAUAAUGUCUCUUCCAUGUUGGAUGCUGCCCUAGUCUGUCUGACUUUAUUAAAUCCAGGUGAGACUUUUCCAUAAAAGACACACAAACUCUGGGUUAAUUACACCAACCACGAUGAAAAUUUGUUAAUAUAAAUUAACACUCAGUUUGUAAAUUUUGUAACAUAGAGUGUUUGGUCUAAGUAGACAAAUUCUGUGGUAUCUUGGAGACUAUCCAGAUAGCUUUUGGGAUUUAUCUUUCACUUGAAUCUGCAGUAAUUGUUUGAUCACUGUUUUGAAGCUGCUUACGGGUUUCUUAGAGGGAGUAUUCAGUUAUCUAAUAACUGUUUACUGUUUGAACUAUAGAAGUGUCAGACUUUUUGCUUUGAAAUUGUUUUAUUUAAACAUGCAAUAAUUGAGAAAAGGAACAGGGUAUAGUGGGUAUAUAAAUGUAUUGUUAAGUGAAAACCAAGCAGAAUAGUAGGGGCACUAGGAAGUGGGAAUCAUUCUGCGGAGGUGAGGCGAAAUGAUUCAUGAGCCUUAUCUAGUAUUUUUUUAAAGAUAAAACUAUAUUCAGCACUUUUUAUUUAUGCUUUUUAUAAUAGAAAAUCUAUUAUUAACUAUAUUGCUGAACUUUAAUUUUCAGAGUGCAUAGGUCAUGAAAUCUGUAAUCAAAACUUACUGAACUCUUUUCUUAGGUCUAGCUUAGGGGUUGUCUUUACAUUUAUCAUGUACUGCAAUUGAAUUCCUGGCUUUGAGGCUGCUGCAGUUUUGCUUGUACAGCUGUUCCCCUUAUUUGGAUCACUGGUCAGCCACCUAGAGAGCCACACUUACUGGCUAUAGGAAGGAAAGUCACAUGGUGAGUUUAGUCUUUGCUUUCCCUUCCAAAAGCUGCAGUGACUAUAAUUGUACUACCUGCUUUAUAGCAAAACAUAACUCAAAUUGUGUUAAUACAUUACAAAUUUAUCUUUACUGUACAAAGUCCCUUUUCAAGGCCUUUAAUCCACAAAGCAGCACUUCAGGAGCAGGCUAGUGAGGCUGAUACAGCACUCAAGCUUUGCAGAGUUAACUGCUUGUGGUGUGGGAACUCCUGUUCAGACCACAGCUGAACCAGAAGCAAGCUGUAAUGUGGACCUGGUUAUAUUGACAAUAAAAGCUCAUUUUGCUGGUGUAGCUUACUCAAAGGAACUUGGUUAAACUGUACUAGUAAAAUAGGGUUUUGCUGAUGAAGAGUAGUGUUUCUAAUAUAAGGGUUUGUAAAUGUCACUGUACCUACAAAUCCUUCCAGUCUACAAAGGGCCAAAAUGGAAGAUUGGAAUUUUUUUUUUAAAUUUAUUCUCCAAGUAGACUUCAAGAAGUUAUUACCAACUGAUGUAAUAUGGAAUAAAGCAGUGUUCUGAAUUUUUAAAAGAGGAAACAUCCCGUUACAUAUUGUUAAUGCUUUGAAAAUUUGUUUUAAAUACUGUUGAAAACAAAUAUUUUUCAAUUUCAAUAAAAUCUUUUUGUAAAGUUGGA